AUGGAUGAAAUCAAAUCAGAUGACAUUAUUCCUAAGAUAGGGCCGGAGUUCGAAAUAGAAGUUGAAUUAUAUGAUGCUUAUAUGAAAUAUGCUAAGGUAACAGGUUUUGGAACUCGCAAAUUGGCCGCUCAUAAAGAUCCAGUUACGGGCAAUAUAUUGGACAUGAGUUUUUGUUGUUGCAAAGAAGGUUUUAGAACAACAAACAAUCAAGGUGUUACAGUAAAAAAUCCUCGUCCCGAAAUUAGGUGUGGGUGCAAGGCUAUGAUGAAAGUCAAUUGCCGAUGUGGUGGUAAGUUCUGCAUUGUGAAGUUUAUUGCAGAGCACAAUCAUGAAUUGUGUGAUCUGGAAAAAUCUUACAUGUUUAGAUGUUUUAGACAAAUGUCUAAUAUUCAACAAACUCAAGUUGAUGCGGCUCAAAGUUGUGGAUUGCCUCCAAAGAAAAUCAUAGAUGUAAUGGCAAAAGAAGUUGGUGGAAUUCAACAUCUUGGUUUUACUCAUAUUGAUUUGAAGAAUUAUUUGAGAACAAAGAGGACUCUGGAGAUCAAGCAAGACGAUAGUGGAAGUGUUUUACAAUAUUUACAAAUGAUGAUUAGUGAAGAUCCACACUUUUACUAUGCAAUACAGUUGGACGUGGAAGAUCUGAUUACAAAUAUAUUUUGGACAGAUGGUGGAAUGAUACAAGAUUUUGGUCAUUUUGGUGAUGUCGUUUGCUUUGAUACUACAUACAGAAAACAUCGAGAUGGAAGUCCAAUCGCCUUGUUCGUUGGUGUAAAUCAUCAUAAACAAACAAAUGUGUUUGGUGCAGCAUUAUUGUAUGAUGAAACGAUUGAAACCUUUGAAUGCUUGUUUGCUGCAUUUAAAGAUGCCAUGAUGGGAAAGAGACCAAAAACCAUCUUAACAGAUCAAGACCAAGCAAUGAGCGCUGCUUUAGCUUCCAAGUGGCCAUCAACUUACAUUGCUUAUGUGUUUGGCAUAUUUUUCAAAAUGCAACCAUUCAUCUCUUAA